AUUCUAUGCUUACACUGGGGGACAUGUUGUUUAGCUCCACGUCUUCUUAUUUGCUGAUUCCCAGCACAUGCUCUUUGCUGCUGUGACUGACCUCACCUUAAAGACCCAUUUACUAUUCUAUUUCCCACAAGCCCUAAGCUCAGCUUCUCCCCAGCAGCCAAGAGCCCACUGAGCAUGUGCAGAGCCACUGACUCACAGAAGCUGUCUAACAGGAUGAGGAGCUGCUGGGGAUCUUGCUGUGCAGAAAUAGAAGCGACACAGACUCUGCAGCCGACAGAGCAGAAGUGAAAGUGAUAGUGACGCGUCAUGCACCGAGCCACCAGCUCACUUAACUAGCCCCACGGGCAAACAUCUGCAACUGGGACACGAGGUUUAUACAGAAUGAAGCUGAGGGUGCGAGUGAGGAAGCAGACGAGUCGCUUGGAAUUGGAGGCGGAGCAGCCGACACUGGGAGACUUGCGGAGUAAAUUAUCCUCGGUUACCCUCCCGUCUCUGGGCUAUAGCGCUGAGACACAUUUCACCAUCACACUGAAUGGCAAAGAUGCCCUGACUGAGGAUCAGACCACCCUGGAGUCUGCAGGGAUCAUCUCCGGGGAUCUGAUUGUUGUGCUGCUGCCGGACUCUCCACAACUAGCUCCUCCCCCUGCGCCCGAGAGGCGGGUCCCUCGCUGCCCUCUGGAGGAUCCCACCCAGCCCUGCAGCACCGCUAACAAGAGACCCAAAGGCCACGCAGAUAAUGAAGGUGCAGGAGCCAUGCCUCAGGCUGAGGCUUCUCCUUCACUCGAUGACGUAGCAAUGGAGGGUCAGCUGUCCGGCCCGGCCUGGGAAGUGAUGCUGUGCAGCGAGGCCGUGGAUGGGAAAAUCCCACAUUCACUCGAGGUCCUGUACCAAACUGCCAGCUGCACAACUGCCAGCGACGCUUUCAUAGUAGUGAUCCACCUGCUUAUGCUGGAGACUGGCUACUUACACAAGGGUGCUGAAACCAAGGCCCUAUGUAUGCCACGUGAUUGGCGCAGUGGUGGUGCCUACAGACUACACUAUACUCACCCUCUGUGUGCUGAAGUCUCUGCUACCCUGGUCUGCUUGCCAAUGGGCAAACUAGUCAUAAUCAAUGCCACAAUGAAGAUUAACAGCGAGAUGAAAAGCGUGCGGAAACUUCAGCUGUCGACCAAUUCCUAUAUUUCCUACCCCGAAACAGAUAACAAUGUGGCCUCUGUGUAUAAGGAUCUCCAGAAGUUAUCGGGUCAGUUUAAAGACCAAGUGGCGUAUCCUCUGCUUGCUGCCGCCCGGCAAGUACUGAACCUCCCGGACGUAUUCGGGUUGCUGGUCCUUCCGCCGGAGCUUAAGCUGAGGAUUUUCCGCCUGUUGGACAUUCGCUCGCUUCUCAACCUCUCCGCCACCUGUAAAGAGUUAUUGGCCGACACCGAUGACCCCUCCCUCUGGCGCUUCCUUUGCAUCCGGGAUUUCCGGAAUAGUCUUCCAAGGAAUUUGGGCACGGAUUGGAAAAAGCUCUAUAAGGAGAAGUUCAAGCAGAAAAUGGAUCGCAAUCGAUUUGUGCGCCGGCAGUUUCUGCCUCCCAGGAAUGCUCACCCCUACCCUUAUUACCCAAACGUCUUCCCACCAGACUUCAAUUACCCUCCUGGCAUCAUUGGGGGGGACUAUGACCAAAGGCCAUUCCCCCCUAUUGUCAACCCCACGCACUUAAACCCCUUUAAAGUGACUCUGCCCUUCUCUGAGAAUGACCCAUCGAUUCCAGGGUCCAGCGGUCUCCGCCCCAGCAGAGGAAGGGGUCUUGACAUCCGGAGGGGCUUCAUAUGAACUUAGUGUUUGGGGGUGAAGGGGCGGAGCCAUUUGGAGGCGGGAUUGUUACCUGGGAUGUUUCUCAACCCAAAAAACGUCUCCUUUUGUUGUGAAUAAGUCUCUUCCUAUAAAGUCACCAGCGUGGACUUCCUGGUUUUGUGUGUGUGACAGUUGCACUUUAUAGAUGAGGCAACAAAUAUGACAGUUUGGGAUAAUAUUUUGGGGGGUUUCUUUCAUUAAUAUAACCUUGUGUUGGGGUUUUGAGAAUAAGUAUGAACAGGAAUUCAGGAAACUUUUUUUUUUUUCUUUCUCUUUUAUUAUUUAUAACAUCAAUAAAUAAACACAAAUACAGAAAACAUAAAAUAGAAAUGAUCGUCAGACAGAAGAUGGGAACUGGGUGGAUAGAGAUUCGAACCCGCCGUAUAGCAGCCAACCUCCUCCUCUGCUAAUGAGCUCAUUUAUUUGCUAACGUUGAAAGCCAUUUGAAUAACGAGCGUGUGUAUAAUUAACAUAUAAUUGCAUACAGUGUUUCUGGAAAAAACAAAAAGUAAAGUGUUUUCAAAGCUG